GCCUUCCAGACCCUGCAACGCGAAUACGACGCUCUCCUCACCCAACUCUCCCAGCAUCAUUCCCGCUGCACUGCUCUCGAGCAGAAACUGUCCCUCUCAGACGCCGAGAUUGCCUCGCUGCGCGACGAAAAGCAGCGCAUACAGUCCCAAGUGAUGGCGCUGGAACGCGAGGUAGAGGAGUUGAAGGAGAGCAGGGAGGAAGCGAGACGCCAAUUGGGCAGGAGUGGGGCGCAGUAUGUGAGGAUCGUGGAGAUGGCGGCGAGGUUG